AUGUUUAAAGGUGUGACUUAUUUAACACUCUUGUUGAUUUCACUGUUUUGUUUCAGUAUUGUUGGUAUUCAUGGAAAUUCUUCCGAAUUUCAUAACCACGUUGAAGAGUUGAGAAAACUAUUAAGAGAUGCCAAACUUUCAAUCAACGUGAACAGUGUUGUUAAUUUAGUAUCUAUUUAUUGUUCAUCAUCAUCAUCAUCAAUACCAUCAAAUCAUGCAAUUACAUGGGGCAACACACAAUUUACAUACGCAUUCGGACGAGCAGAUAAUAUGGCGAUUGCCAUGGGAAUUAUUUAUGAUGGCUACUCUCCUACAUUACAGAAUCAAACUUCAGGAGUGGACGGAUGGAUGCGUUUGUGGGUCAAUACUUUCACUGCUGCGAAUCGUGGAGCCCACAGUGAUGCUUGUUAUCGUUCCGAGGCGAAUCAACGCUUUGCAUCGGGAAUGGCUGAAGGUCUUUUAACCCAACCACAGAUUUACAACUUCUUUCAAAAUCAAUACUCGAAUUGGGUCUUUGAAAAGAAGACUUACAGCAUGGACAAGAUGAGAAGUCGAUUUGGAAGUGGCCAUGAAUGGGUCAAGUCCUAUGAUCGAUUUGCUGCAGCAUCAUCACGAAUGCAAAAACAAGGCUCACCAGAAAUGAUGAAACGAGGCUUAGCUCCAUCAAAUUUGGAAAUUUCUUCUUCUUUAUCCUCUUACUAUUAUCCAGCUGCUCUCAUUGCCUACAUGCAAGAGAAUAUGAAUUGGUUGGAGACUCAAGUGAAGCAAAAUGCACAAAAUUCGUAUUGGAUUGAAAUUGGACGAAUUUUUAAUCAAUUCCAUGGUCUUGUGGAGGGUUAUACGAUUCGUGCAAAUAUGGAGAAGAAUGAAAUUUAUGGAAAAUUGAAUUGGUUGGACUUGUAUUUCUUGAACUCUGCUGGUGAUAUGGAAACAUUGGAAGGAGCGAUUAAGGAUGACACUCAAAAUGUGAGACGAUCAUCCUCUGCUGCUGGUUCUUCUUUUUUCAACAACAACAACAACAAUGGAGGAAUUGUUUUGCCCGAUGAAGAAACAUUGACCGAUUGUAGUGCUCUAAUCAAGAUUACUCCCGAUUGUCUCAAUCUCUUUGCUGGGCAUACCACGUGGAGAGGAUACAAUAUUAUCAACAAAAUGUACAAGGUCUAUAGUUUGAUGGAGAAUGGAGUGGCUUCUCAGACGGUUGCUUUUGCGUCCUCACCAUCAUUCCUCUCCAGUAAGGAUGAUUUCUAUGUGACACAACAUGGAUUAGUGACCAUGGAAACGACAAAUGAUGUUUUUAACACUGAUCUUUUCCAAUUUAUUACUCCACACAGUGUGAUGUGUUGGAUGCGUUCCAUUGUUGCGAAUAGACUUGCAAAAACUGCCCAUGAGUGGGUGACACUCUUUGGAUUAUAUAACAGUGGAACCUAUAACAAUCAAUGGAUGGCACUUGAUUACAACAAAUUCACUCCUGGAGUUUGUCAAUUACCUGCUGAUUCAUUGUGGAUUUUAGAACAAAUUCCUGGCACUGUCAUGACUAAAGAUGUUACUCCAGUAUUGAAUAAUCAAACAUUCUGGAGCUCUUAUAACAUUCCAUAUUUUGAAUUUAUUUACAACAUUUCUGGAUAUCCACAAGCUAAAAAAAAAUUUGGCAAUGAUUAUGACUAUAAUCUCUGUUCGAGAGCUCAAAUCUUCAGAAGAGAACAAGCUAAGAUUGGCAGCAAUAAGAGUAAGCCAGUUGACUUUAAAGAUUUUGGUCGAGUUUUGCAAUUCAAUGAAUGGAAAACAGAUCAAUUCAGCAACAUGGAUCCAAGUAAAUCCAUUUCGUCAAGAUAUGAUUUGAGAGUGAGUCCUCAGCGUGCAUUUGCAUUUGGUGGAAUUGAUACUAAGGUUGCAGAUUAUACCAAGGUUAGAAAGAGCACAAGCAUGUGGGGAAUUUGUGGUCCAACUCACCAAGAUCCCAUUCAAACACCUCCAUUCUCUUGGAGCGACAAGUGGAAUGUCACACAUUUAGGACAACCUCAAACUUAUGAUUUUGAUUGGGUGGAUUUAGAAGAUGUUGGAUCAUUCUAUGAGUCUCUAAAAAACAAACUUUUAGGUAAAAAGAAUUAA